GCAUAACAAUGUGUUUUUGGUCUCUGUGAUUGGUGCAUUGAUCCCACCCUCGAUAAGCCUCAUAUACCAGUACAGUCCCAACCAAGCAUAGAGAAACAAACAUGGCUGAUACAGAGGGAGCCGAGGAAAUUCAUCCAGGAAUUUUGCACGAAAUUUUUACUUCGCCGUUGAAUUUGAGUCUGCUUGGCCUCUGCAUAUUUCUUUUGUACAAAAUCUUCCGCGGAAACAAGCCUGCAGAUAUGGGCGAGGUCGAGGAACCUCUGCCUAAACUCAAGAAAAGAGAUUUCACUUUAGAGGAGCUGCAACCGUACGAUGGGCUGCAAAAUCCAAGAAUUCUCAUGGCUGUCAAUUUUAAGGUGUUCGAUGUAACCAGAGGAAAGAAGUUCUACGGGCCAGGUAAAAUAAGUUGUCUCACAUUUGUUUUCAUGUGCUGUCCGUCGAGCAACGACUUGGCUAUUUCCGGUCAAAAGAAUGGUUGGCGCUACUGUAGCCAAGUGGUUGCUGGUCUGUCAACUUUAUUCCUACAUUUGUUAAUUAUAUACAGUGGUGGAAAAAGUACUCAAGUGUCAUAUAUGAGUAAAAGUAAAGAUACCUUAACAGAAAAUGACUCAAGUAAAAGUAAAAGUAACCCAGUAAAUACUACUUGAGUAAAGGUCUUAAAGUAUCUGGUUAUAAAUGUACUUAAGUACAGUGGUAGAAAAAGUACUCAAUUGUCAUACUUGAGUAAAAGUACAAAGUAAAAGUAAAUGCUAUACAUCAAAUUCCUUAUAUUAAGCAAACCAGACGGCACGUAUUAUUUUUAACUACGGACAGACAGGGGCACACUCCAACACUCAGACAUUUACAAACACAGUAUUUGUGUUUUGUGAGUCCGCCAGAUCAGAGGCAGUAGGGAUGACAAAGCGUUAAAUUGAUAGGUGCCAUAAUUCUAUCCUGCUUGAGCAUUCUAAACGUAACGAGUACUUUUAGGUGUCAGGGAAAUGUAUGGAGUAAAAAGUACAUUGUUUUCUUUAGGAAUGUAGUGGAGUAAAACUUGUCAAAAAAUAUAAAUAGUAAGGUAAAGUACAGAUACCCCAAAAAACGACUUAAGUAAAAUUAUUUUUUCUUAAGUACUUUACACCACUGUAUAUAUAUAUAUAUAUGUGUGUGUGUGUAUUAGUAAGUUGUUACAUUGUAACUGUGACCAUUCUAAAACGCCACACCCCCUCUCUCUUAUUCAUGAAUCAUCUGCCCACGUUUGAAUUUCACAACACGUGAGCUGCUAGUGGCGUGGUCAGCCGAGUUGGCAUGUAACCUCUCACCAAGUUGAUUGAUCCUGCGCUGUCAGGCAACCCCUCCUGAGGAACGCCCUCCCUGAAAAUCUGUAGAAAUUGCAUUUUUUUAGUCUAUUAUAGGCUAUGUCCCUUAUUGCUGCUCCUUGUUUAUGAGGUUGUUUCAGUUGCCUUCAUGCCAUUUCAAAAUGAAUAGUUUGACACAGGUGAAUGCCUUGCACAAAGGUUCAAAGUUAAAUUCAGCCAGACCAGAUGGUUGCACAAAGUAAGGCUUGUUGAGGCCUAUUGGAGAGCAAUGCUAGUUCUCAUUUCAAGCAUUCAGGCUGUCCCUUCUUUCAGCCUCAACAUCUAGAAAAAAGGGGUUGCUGUUGUGGCUAUCUCUGAAGCUGUCAUAUAAUACAUUAAGCUAUGUCUGUUAGAGAGCAUGUGGAAUUUAAUUUGCACAAUAAAAACUGCAUACUUUCAUAAAAUGGUAGUCAUCAGCCAAUGUAUACACCCUGAUAAAUAGUUUGUUAGAACCUGUCUAUUCACAAACACAUUGUAGUUAAUAAAAUACUUGGCUGAAUUUCAAAUCAAACUGUCUGUGUGAUGGUUUCCAGAGGGUCCCUAUGGAGUGUUUGCUGGUAAAGAUGCCUCCAGGGGCCUGGCCACGUUUUGUCUGGAGAAGGAGGCCCUGAAAGACACCCACGACGACCUCUCGGACCUCAACGCCAUGCAGCAGGAGAGCCUCAACGAAUGGGAGACCCAGUUCACUCGUGAGUUGAUGCAGAAGUUGAUAGAAGUGGCUACAAAACACUGGUCUAAAUUCUGAUACUGUAUUUUCUACUUCUACUUCAAGCGGAAUGGACCUCUUGCAGUGAACAUCACACACACACACACUCUCCACUCAACAGUGCAAGUUGUUAAUGCACCAAACAGCUUUGAUGACUUAGAAUGAUUGGUGUUUAAAAUGCAUUUCUGUAUUGUGCCUCAGGGCAUAACUAGUGUUGGGGUGGUCCAGUCUUUUUGUGCUUUAGUCAACUCCUCUGUGUUCCUCAGUUGGAUGGCUUGGCAAUGAUAGAAGAGUUGGCUACAUCACAAGCAAUAGUAUAGGACCAUGCCAGGGCAUAAUGUAAUAGUACUUUGCAUCAAAAUGAAUCUGUUUGAUACACUUUCAUCAACAUUACAUUGAGUAGUGCUGUGAAUUUAAACCCACACAUGGGAGUCUUUCUGGGCCAAGGCUGUUCUCCACCCAGUGAUUACCAUGUCCUUGAUAAUGGCUCUGAUGUUGUGUCUGGCGAAGGUCUCUGAGGGACUCGAUGUCAUUUUCUUCUUCUUCCUGCCUUUCACAGAAAAGUAUGACUACGUUGGCAAACUUCUGAAACCUGGAGAAGAAGCAACCGAGUACACAGAUGACGAGGAGGUCAAGGACAAAAAGAAGGACUAGAACUCAGAAGUACACAAGGGAAAUUCAGAUGCCUUAAUUUUGUCAGGAUAAUGUGAUGGAUAUUGCCUUGUGUUGCUGCAUUUGAGCAAAAUGCUUUCUCCUGUAUGGUUUUUGUAUUAUCACAUUUUCAUGGACCAUCACCUCUUGUGCUAAUUUCAUAUGCCACAUACCUUAAUUUACCAAAAUCUAGCAGAUUUUAGGUUAAGGUUAAAAUAAUUAUUGAAUUCUGUGGUGUCUUUGUAAAGUUAUACAGGUAGUAUUAGUUGUCAUGUAGAUGCUGUUGGAGGAUCUAUUACUGUAGCUUGAGAUGAACUUAUUUCAUUUUUUGUAAUCAUGAGAUGACCACAGAUUUUCAACACAGAAGCUGAUAACAUUCCAUCACAAAUCUUUUAGUUUGUUUUUUGGCCCUGGUGUUAGAGUAUCCAUAAAAAUAUCUGACUUGGCCAUUCUGAGUUAUCCAUCACUAAGCAUAGCUAAAAAUCACAUACUCUGUCUGACUGAACUGCAGUUAGUGUUUCUCAAAUGUGUUAGAGAAGAUCAUGCUUGAUAUACUCACUCUAGCAUUCACUUUCAGCAUACCUUUGUAAUAAUAACACAAUUGGUCUGAUAAUUUCACACACUACUAGUGUAGGGCUUGCACUGGAUGAAGUAGGUUUUAGGAUGUUCAUACUGUAGCACAAAAUAUUAAAAAUGUCAAGUGAACUAAGGUGCUGCCGGUACCCAUUUAUGUAUGCCAUGGCAAAUACUCCCUGGAAUUGGCCAGAACCUGGACUCACAUACUGGUAAACACAGGAAGGGAACUCUACAAAAUGCAUUACAAAGGAAUGUCCAAGUUUGUGUGAUCAUGACACUGAUGUUUUGAUAUGAUAAAUAAAUCUACCCAAAUGUUUAAUCAA